AUGGCGUUGAAUAACUUUGAUGCUGAGAUGUCUCGUUUCGAGAACGAAAUCUCAAAUGUAAAUACCGUCAAUGCACCACCAAGAAUGCCUAUAAUGCCAUCUGGUCCACCACCACCUGGAAUGUUUCCACCAAUAAUGCCAGGUUUACCACCACUUCCACCACCACCACCAGGUGUAAUGGCUCAAUUAUUGAAUACUAAUAAUUCUGCUCCUCCACCAACUCGUCUACCACCUCGACCUGCUUUUGUACCUCAUCAACUUCGUCAUCGUGUUCCACAACAAUCAGUACCUUUUCCUUCAUCAUCAAUGCGUCAAACACAAAUGGCUCCAUCGAUUCCUCAACGAGUUCCAUCACCACCACCAUCAUCAUCAUCAUCACAAGGUACUGUUCCUCCUCCUCAACAACAACAACAAUCAACACUGUCAGCUCAACCAUUACUUUAUAAAAAUCAAACAAAUAAUGAAAAAACAACUCAACAAUCUGAAUCAACUGUUCCAACUUCUCAACGUCCUUCACAAACACCAAUCAUAGAAAAUAAACCUUCUGCAUCAAAAUUAGAUAAACCAUCAGUUACUAAACUUGAACAAAAUCCUCAUCCAGUUAGUAAAGCAUUUGCUUCAUCAUCACAAUCCAUGGAAUCAAAUGAUCAUGAAAAUGAAAGUAGUUCAACAACAAAAAAAAAAAGUAAAACUAAACAACCAAAAAAAAUUCGUCAUGUUCGUAUGGCUGGUGGUACAACUUGGGAAGAUGAAACACUUGCUGAAUGGGAUGCAGAUGAUUUUCGUUUAUUUUGUGGUGAUCUUGGUAAUGAAGUUAAUGAUGAUGUAUUAACACGAGCUUUUAAUAAAUAUCCAACAUUUCAAAAAGCAAAAGUUGUUCGUGAUAAACGAUCAGGAAAAACACGUGGCUAUGGUUUUAUUUCAUUUAAAGAUUCACAAGAUUAUAUUCGAGCAAUGCGUGAAAUGAAUGGUAAAUAUGUUGGUAAUCGACCGAUUAAAUUACGAAAAAGUACAUGGCGAGAACGAAAUAUGGAUAUUGUUAAAAAAAAAAUGAAAGAUAAAGUUAAAACGGGUCUCAGAUAA